CCCCGCGGUAUUUACCUUUGAAAAGUGGCAGCGGCUGCAGGUACCGGAGGAGUGGGGCGGCCGGGAGGGGCUACGCCUACCGGGUCUCCCCGCCACACCGAUCCGAGCCCAGGACAAACCCUCUCCCACUCCCAUGCCCCACAGACGCAUCCAAAAUGCUUCCCUCCUCGCCAGACCCGUCCCGAUAGAAUUAGCCCUCUCUCGUCUCUAGCCUUCAUUUAAACUCUACUUUUGAGGGUCUGAAUUCUCCAAUUUUAAGCCCCAAAUACCAUCUCAUCCCUGAGUAGUCUUCUCCAACCGUAGUCACCCAGUUUCAAGUCCUGCCCCCAUUUUUCUCCCUGAACUCCCAUCCUCAGCCCUGAAAACCCUCUUCUCAGCUCCUAGCCUAUCCACAGAUCGAACCCUAAGUGACUCUUACCUACCCUCUCCUCCAAUUUGUGACCCAGCCCCAAACUCUCUCAUUCCUACUCUGUCCCUCACGAUAUAUCCCUUCCUUUGCUUAGUCUGGGCCGGGGCCCUGUGUCCCUGAAGACAUGGAGUUUGUGUCUGGAUACCGGGAUGAGUUCCUUGAUUUCGCUGCCCUUCUGUUUGGCUGGUUCCGAAAGUUUGUGGCAGAGCGUGGGGCAGUAGGGACCAGCCUGGAGGGCCGCUGGCGACAGCUGGAGGCCCAGAUCAGAAGGCUGCCCCAGGACCCUGCCCUUUGGGCGCUCCAUGUCUUGCCCAACCGUAGUGUGGGCAUCAGCCUGGGGCAAGGGGCAGAGCCAGGCCCUGGACCAGGCCUGGGGGCUGCCCGACUCCUGGGAGACGACCCUCCACUCCACCUUCGAGACCUGAGCCCCUACAUCAGCUUUGUCAGCCUAGAGGAUGGGGAGGAAGGGGAGGAGGAAGAGGAGGAAGAUGAAGAAGAAAAGAAGAGAGAGGAGGGGGGUGCAGGCACAGAGAAGGUGGAACCAGAGGAGGAUCGGGAGCUAGCCCCUACUAGCAGGGAGUCCCCCCAGGAAGUAAACCCUCCAGGAGAGUCAGAGGAGGCUGAGCAGGAGGCAGGAGGUGGUGAGGAUGGCUGCCGAGAGAACAGGGUGGAGGACAAAACAAGACCCCAGAAGAGGAAGGGACGGAGGAGUGAGGCUGCCCCCCUGCACCUUUCCUGUCUCUUACUGGUGACGGAUGAGCAUGGCACCAUCUUGGGCAUUGAUCUGCUGGUGGAUGGAGCCCAGGGGACUGGAAGCUGGGGCUCAGGGACUGAGAACCUGGCUCCUCGGGCCUAUGUGCUCCUCUGUCACAGCAUGGCCUGUCCCAUGGGCUCCGGGGACCCCCGAAAGCCCCGACAGCUUACUGUGGGAGAUGCCCGGCUGCAUCGAGAGCUGGAGAGCUUGGUCCCAAGGCUAGGUGUGAAGUUAGCCAAGACCCCAAUGCGGACAUGGGGUCCCCGACCAGGCUUCACCUUUGCUUCCCUUCGUGCUCGAACCUGCCACGUUUGUCACAGGCACAGCUUUGAAGUGAAGCUGACACCCUGCCCCCAGUGUAGUGCUGUCUUGUAUUGUGGAGAGGCUUGUCUCCAGGCUGACUGGCGGCGGUGCCCAGAUGAUGUGAGCCACCGAUUUUGGUGCCCAAAGCUUGCAGCCUUCGUGGAGCGGGCAGGAGAACUGGCAGCCCUGCCUUUUACCUACACCACAGAGGUGACCAGUGAAACCUUCAACAAGGAGGCCUUCCUGGCCUCUCGAGGCCUCACUCGUGGCUACUGGACCCAGCUCAGCAUGCUGAUUCCAGGGCCCGGCUCCUCUGGGCAUCCCCGAGGCAACACACCAUCCCUUAGCCUUCUUCUCGGUGGAGAUCCCUACCAGCUUCUCCAGGGGGAUGGGCCUGCCCUAAUGCCUCCUGUGCCCCCAGACCCACCGCGGGGUCUUUUUGGCUCAUGGCAGGAUUACUACACAUGGCGGGGCCUCAGCUUGGACUCCCCCAUGGCUGUGCUUCUCACCUACCCGCUGACUGUGUACUACGUCAUCACCCACCUGGUGCCCCAGUACUUCCCUGAGCUCAACAUCCAGAACAAACAGUCACUGAAGAUCCACGUGGUGGAGGCCGGGAAGGAGUUUGACCUUGUCAUGGUUUUUUGGGAGCUCUUGGUCCUGCUCCCUCAUGUGGCCCUGGAGCUGCAGUUUGUAGGUGAUGGCCUGUCCCCCGAAAGCGACCAGCAGCAUUUUACCUUGCAGAGGGUGAGGGCUGAGGGGGCUCUGCUCUUUAGCCAUGACCCCUCCAGUGACCCCCUGGACGGCCCCGAGGUGUCUGUCCGGAAUGGUUCUGGCGUAUCAGCACGGCCCAGCUCUGGCACUAAGGAGAAGGGUAGCCGCAGGGACCUGCAGAUCAAGGUGUCAGCAAGGUCCUACCACCUGCUCCAGGGGCCCAAGCCCGACCUGGUUAUUGGAUUUAACUCUGGGUUUGGUCUCAAGGAUACAUGGCUGAGCUCUCUGCCCCGCCUGCAGGUACUGCAACGCCUUCAUCUUCCACCUGGUUUACAAGCCUGCGCAAGGGAGCGGGGCCCGCCCGGCUCCCGGCCCCGCACCCCGGUCCCCAACUCCCUCCGUUCCUCCCGCCCGCACCCGAAGGCGCCGAGGAGAAAAGAAACCCGGGCGGGGGGCCCGCCGGCGGAGAUAAGUGCGGCGGCUGUAGUCGUCCCCCCCCCAAACACGCUCCGAAAGGAAAACGUGAAAACACUCAGGGCCGAGGGGGAGGACAGAUUGGUAAAACACGAAAAAGUAAAUAAAAUUACUUGUUUGAAACCACUGAGUCAUUUACCUUUUGAUUACAUGCUCAUAAUUGGGUUAUUAAACCCGGAAGGAAAAGAAAUAUAUAUAUAUAUAUAUAUUUUUGAGACAGAGUUUUGCUUUUGUUGCUCAGGCUGGAGUGCAGUGACGCAAUCUCGGUUUACCGCAACCGCCGCCUCUCCAGUUCUGCGGCCUGAGCCUCCCGAGCUGGGAUUACAGGCUCCCGCCACCACACCCAGCUAAUU